GUACCGUUGAUUUGCUGUAGUUUUUACCAAUUCUGUCUAGGGUCGACUAUCCUGGCUUGCGAACCAACGGGGCUUACCCUACAUAGAUGACAUACACGAUGUAGGAUUGUACAUUCCUUUUUAUAGGUCUUUAUAUAGUAAGCCAGCCCAAGCGGCUGUGCUGACCCUCCAAUUUCCUGUUCUUGUGGGGUCUUGCGUAAUGCAACUUGGCCAAUGAAGCACUAUUAAUAGCACAAGUUGACGCUUGAAAGUGAUGGAAGCGCUAAGCGGGAGGGCGAGUCGGGACAGCUUGGGUGAUGGGGGUCGACAUAACAUGCUGUCAGCGCUCCCACCGCCCCCGAUGCCCAUGGGCAUGGCUUUCUUCGCCCCACCACCACCAGUCAACACCGAUUACCGCAACACCACGCCGUUCGGUCACCUUGCGCCCCUGCAAAGGAAACCCGACGCAGCAACGCUGCUGUCACAGCCGGCGCCGCUGUCCCCGCAACCCCGACUACACCAGUCCCAAACGCAGCUGCAAGCGCAACUGGACCUGUCACGGGCGCCAUCGCUACAGCAACAGCAGUCGCAGCAACUGCAGCAGCCGCUGCAACCACAGCUCGAGACGGCGCGUUCCUCACAGCUCCAGCAACUCCAGCAGCUGCAGCAGCCGCCGCUUUCGCCGCAGCAGCAGGAGGCAAUGUCCCGCAUGGCUGCAUUGCAGCAACAACUCGAAGUAGCUCGUGGGGGGCACUACCACCACCACCAGCAGCAGCAACAGCAGCCGGACCCCGGCCGCUCCUCGGGCUCCUUACAGCGGCCGCCGGAUGCCGUACGGGCAUCCGUUCUGCAGCGGCCACCCCUGCCGCAGCAACCACAGCAGCAGCAGCAGCAACCGGAUACAGCAACAAGGACUUCCAUGUUGUUGCAACAAGCGAUUGACGCGGCCCGGGCGCCUCAGCAGGUGCUACCGCAGUCCUCGGACAUGCCUCGGACACCCUCGGCGCUGCAGCAGCUGCUGGAGGUGGUGCGCGCGCCGACGCCGGCGCCCACUCCCGCGCCGGUGGCCCUGCAGCCGGAGGCGCCUAGGAGGACGGUGCAAGCCUACCGGAAGCGGCAGUUGGACGGCGGGGGUGGGCCGCGUCCGGUGGACUUCGGCGCGGGGCAUGUGGCGGGCAUGUUGGUGCGGCCGGAGGGGGAUGUGCCCAACCUGCCACCGCGCUCGGGGACGGGCAUGCGGCUAAGGCCAGCGCGGCUGCCCCCCUGCUGCUGCGUGCCGCCGCCCAACCCCGAGCCCCUCGUGCCGCCGGACGACAUGCUGCUGCAGGUUCUGCGCAUGCACGACCAGCGGCGGCUCGUCAAUCCGGCGCAGGUGGCCAACGUGAUCGUGUACGACUGCAUAGAGCGGCCGCCCCGCAGCAGCUCCGAACCCACCCAGGAGGCGACCGCUGCCGCGGGGGCAGGAGGGGAGGCAGCGGCGGAGGCAGCGGCAGGGACAGCGGAGGCGGCUGGAGGCGGGGCCGGUGGAGGCAGCAGCAGCGGCGCGGGUGGUGGUGGUGCGGCAGGGAAGCGCGUGUCCUCGAGUAACGGGGAAGCGGGCGGAGGGGGAGUUGCGGCAGGACAAGGAGGGAGAGGCAGUGCGGAGGGCGAGGCUGCGGGGGCGUCUGGGACCGCAGGGGCGGCCACAGGUGGUGCUGCUGCUGCUGCGCCGGGUGCUGCUGGUGGUGCUGCAGGCGAAGAGGGGGCUAGUAGCACCCCCUCUGCUACCACCGCUGCUGCUGCAGCUGCUGCUGCUGCCUCGCGCGGGGCAGCAGGACCGCCCUCUUGUUCGUACUCUCGGCCCAGCAUGUACGACUACUUCGAGGAUAUGCCGGCGUGGUACUGCCCGCGCGGGCCGUCCGACCACACGCUGGUGUUUGAGAGCCGGUACGAAAGCGGCAACCUCAGAAGGGCAAUACAGGUGUACCCCUACGAGUACGACCUCAUCCUGCGGCCGGACAUCAACACGCGCGGCCACACGCAGUGGUUCUACUUUGCGGUGUCCAACACGCGAGCCGGCUGCCGCUACAAGUUCAACAUCAUCAACCUGCUGAAGGAGGAGUCGCUAUACAACCUGGGCAUGCAGCCCCUGGUCCACAGCGCCAAGGCUCAAGCCGCCCGCGGUCUGGGCUGGCACCGCGCCGGCAGCCGCAUCUGCUACUACGCCAACAGCAUCCGGCGGGGGCGGCAGGGCAGGAGCUACUUCACCCUCACCUUCACGCUCACCACCGAGUUCGACAACGACCUGGUGCACCUGGCGCACUGCUACCCCUACACGUACACCGACCUGCAGCGAUACAUUCGGGCUCUGGAGCUGGACCCGGUGCGCCGCCCCCGCGUGCGGCGCGAGACGCUGGCCACCUCUCUGGCGGGCAACGCGGUGGACGUGCUGACCGUCACCUCGCCAACGGAGGACGCGGAGGCGCUGCGGAGGCGCAAGGCGGUGAUCAUCACGGCCCGCGUGCACCCCGGCGAGAGCAACGCCAGCUGGAUGAUGAAGGGGCUGCUGGACUUCCUGCUGGGACCCUCCCUGGACGCGCGCAUACUGCGGGAGGCGUUCGUGUUCAAGAUCGUGCCCAUGCUAAACCCAGAUGGGGUCAUCACGGGGAACUACCGAUGCAGCCUCGCCGGUGUGGACCUCAACCGCGUGUGGAACGACCCCAGCCGCAAGCUGCACCCCGUCAUCUUUGCAACCAAGCUCUACCUCAAGCAGCUGGCGGAGGAGCGCGAGGUGGUCAUGUUCGCCGACCUGCACGGCCACAGCAAGAAGCUGGAUGUGUUCAUGUACGGCUGCGAGAAGAAGCUGCCGAGGGACGGCGUGCCCGCCUUCCCCGGCUGGCCGGUGCCGGGCUCGGUGGGCGGGCAGACCAGCAUACCCGCCAGGUUCCAGGACAAACUGCUGCCGCUGCUGAUCCACCACAACGCACCCGACCUCUUCUCCUACCACAACUGCUCCUUCAAGGUGCAGAAGUCCAAAAUAGGCACCUCCCGCGUGGUGGGCUUCCGCGAGCUGGGCCUCGUCAACAGCUUCACCGUGGAGGCCUCCUUCGCGGGCCCCAGCGGCGGCAGGUGGGCCAAGCAGCACUUCACAACAAGCCACCUGGAGCAACAGGGUGCCGCCCUGCUGCUGGCGCUGCUGGACUACUGGGACCCCGAGGCGUACGGCUACGGGGAGCUGCUGGGGCAGCUGGACUUCCUGCACCCCGCCAACGGGGAGUCGCCGCCCAGGUUCAUCACGACGCCCGACGGGCAGCUGGUGGAGGUGGAAGACGAGGAGCCGCCGACCGACAGCGACGACGAGUCGAGCGACGACGGAGGCGGCGCCGGGGGUGCGGCGGGCCGCGGCGGCGGCGGCGCGUCGCACGCAGCACGGGCGCGUACGGCACACCGCGGCCGCUCAGCCUCGGGCGGUGUCGCCUUCAUGCAGCAGUACUACAACGCGUACGGCAUGUCUGUAGGAGGGGCUCCCGGUGGGGGGCCCGGUACCGCACCACCUGGUGCCGGUGGGGCGGGUGCCGCUGCUGCUGCUGUCAAUGGUGGCGGCGGCGGCGUUGGUGCCGAACUGGCGGGCGG